ACUAUAUAAAGGGGAGACGCGGGCGGACGGCCGGCCGGAGCUGCAGCCGGUGGCGGCAGCGGCGGCGCGGGCAGAGGCGUCCGGUGGUGUUUCCGUCCUGGGCGCGGGGUGGGGAGCGGGCAACGCCCCCCCGGACCCCUCGAGGGUCGUGUUUUUUUUUUUUUUUUUUUUUGUUUUUUUCCCCCAGGGCGAUUCUGAGAUUUUCAGCUCCGGGAGGACUGCCCCCUCCUCCUCCUCCUCCCCCUCCUCCUCCUCCUCGUCCUCGUCCUCCUCCUUCUCCUCUUCCCGCUCCCUUCUCCUCAGGACUCGAAACAUUUUCCUUCACAUCUUGUGGUGGCUUUGGGUCACCCUGGGGUGCUGGGGUGCCUUUUCUUUUUAGAACAGUUUUUAUUCGUUUUAUUAUUUUUCUUCCCGUUUUUAUCUUGUUUUCUGGAGGUCGCCCCCCCCUCCCCUUGUUUGUGUUGUGUGUGGAAAUGGCGAGCUCGGCAAAUACAAACACCGUGCCUAAAUUAUACAGAUCUGUGAUUGAAGAUGUCAUUAAUGAUGUGAGAGACAUCUUUCUGGAUGAUGGUGUUGAUGAACAAGUCCUGAUGGAACUGAAAACCCUCUGGGAGAAUAAGCUAAUGCAGUCGAGGGCAGUAGAUGGGUUUCAUUCAGAAGAGCAGCAGCUUUUAUUGCAAGUUCAACAGCAGCAUCAGCCCCAGCAACAGCAGAUUCACCACCAUCACCACCACCAACAAGCUCAGCCGCAGCAGACUGUACCUCAGCAAGCACAGACCCAGCAGGUGCUGAUUCCUGCCUCACAGCAAGCUGCAGCACCACAAGUAAUAGUUCCUGAUUCUAAACUGAUACAGCACAUGAAUGCAUCGAACAUGAGUGCUGCUGCGACGGCUGCUACAUUGGCACUCCCUGCAGGUGUGACUCCUGUUCAACAAAUAUUAACAAAUUCAGGCCAGCUUCUCCAAGUGGUCAGAGCAGCCAAUGGUGCCCAGUACAUCUUUCAGCCUCAGCAGUCAGUGGUUCUGCAGCAGCAGGUCAUACCACAAAUGCAGCCUGGUGGAGUCCAAGCUCCUGUUAUACAACAGGUACUAGCCCCUCUUCCGGGAGGGAUUUCACCACAGACAGGUGUCAUCAUCCAGCCUCAGCAGAUCCUGUUUACAGGGAAUAAGACUCAAGUUAUACCCACAGCGGCUGCAGCCCCCACACCAGCACAAGCACAGGCAACUGCAGCUGGCCAGCAACAGCCACAGAGCCAGCCUCCUCAGCAGCAAACUCCAUUGGUCUUACAAGUUGACGGAACUGGGGACACUUCAUCUGAAGAAGAUGAAGAGGAAGAGGAAGACUAUGACGAUGACGAAGAGGAAGACAAAGAGAAAGAUGGAGCUGAGGAUGGGCAGGUAGAAGAGGAGCCCCUCAAUAGUGAAGAUGAUGUGAGUGAUGAAGAAGGGCAGGAGCUGUUUGAUACAGAAAAUGUGGUUGUUUGCCAGUAUGAUAAGAUACACAGAAGUAAAAACAAAUGGAAAUUUCACCUCAAGGAUGGAAUUAUGAAUCUUAAUGGAAGAGAUUAUAUAUUUUCCAAAGCCAUUGGAGAUGCGGAAUGGUAAAGAGUUCCUUCUUUUAUAAACAGAACAAACUUAAAAUGAUUUUUAAGUGGACAGCUUGAAACUUGGGACACAUGCCAACCAAAACUUAAUUUCUGCAUGUCAGAAAAGAGCAGUAGAAGCAAAGCUGCUGGAACAAAGAAACCUGACAGCAUAGACACUACUUCUAACUGGCAAGCCAUGGAACUGUAGCACCUGGGGUUGCUGGAGGCUGGGUGGGGGGUGGGGCUUUGUGUAGGUAACCAUAAAUGUUGAUUUUAAAUACAGGUACCUGCCACUGGCAAUUAGCAUGUAAAGCUUUGUCUAUAUUCCUUCCUCCAGCCUGAGUUCAGUCAGAAGAUUCUUGUUGUAAUGAACUGCAAAAGGCUCCUUUUUGAUAGGUUGAACUGAAACUGCUUAUUGUAUGUGGUUAUAUUUGGUUAAAAAAAAAAAAAAAAAGGAAGAAAGAAAGAAAGAAAAAAAUUGGGUAGGAACUUUUUACAGAAGGGUAAGAAUUAUGGUGUUGAAUUUUCCUUCGCUUGUAUAAGGAGACAAUUUAGAACUCUCAUAAUAGGUCUGAACUAUGUUUACUUGCUAUUUCCCCUCAGUGGUAUGUACCUCUCCUUCCCCUGCUUUAUGAAACAUCUAUUGAAGCAUUAAUGGAAGUAACCAGUGACCAUAGUUUGGAGAUAAAAUACGACUCAUGGUGGAUAAUUAUUUUAAUUUGGUUUUAAUAAUUAUUCGAUCUAAUUAAGAGACUUGAGUCUCAUUUAAGUUGAGAAAACUAAAGUAACAACUUCAGACCCCUUGGAGUAAAACUGUUUUAAUUUCUUUUAGUCUCAUACCUUGAACUGAAAUCCCAAAUUGUUUCCUCAGGAAUAGUUUUUAUUUCACAAGGUCCCAUCUAUCUGAAAUAGUAGACACACAGAGAACAUUUUUUCUUCCUUUUGGGCUGAAGUGGGUGGUUAUAUAUGUAUUUAGUCUUUAAACAAAGAUUCAGAAAAACAAACUGAACAUUGAUUGAGGCAUAGGGCAGGUGAUGAGGGCCUGGAGUUUUAUUAGACAAUAUAGUGACUAUAAAUUUCUUCUGUUUACUAAAGAAUUAAGCAAACAGAAAACCUCACUAUUCUAAGGGAACAUUUCUUUUAAAACUGAAACUUUGUAAUUUGAGAGGACAAUUGGGCAGGGGAGUUUAGGCUAUUAAUACAAAUUGACCUCUUUCAUCUUCUGGCUUUUCAAGACCACUGCUAAUGGAAAUUUGUGCAGUUUUGUGCAGUUUGCACAACAGAAAAAAAAAACAUAGAGAUUUGACUUACAUUAAAGAAACAAUGAAAUUUAAUAUGUACACUAGGGACGCAUGGCUCCGUAGUGUCUAAGGGCCUCUAAAGAACAAUAUGACAACACUGCGUCCAGCGUCAAGCAGACGCCUGGGAGAACUGUGGGGUCGCUUGUCUUCACCUUUGUGUUCUUACAGCCGAUCUUUUCAUCGUUUAUGUUAACAGUUUCUUGUCUUGGUUACUUAUAUAUUGAUUUUUUUUUUGUCUUCCAUUUUUGUUUUCUAUUAGCCUUUUUGUGUUUUAGAAGUACCACAGAAACAUUUUUAAGUGCAUUGCAAAGAAAAACUGUGAGACAUUAUAUAUUGUUUAUUCUUGAACACAAAACUUAAAUCUUCUCAGAAAGACGGAUGAAUUUUUCCCCUUACUUUCCACCUCACUCAGUUUGUUCCCAUAAGUUAUGUUCUGGAGUUGGUGUAAAAUGUAGUUUCUAGCAAGCUAGUUAGUAGUUAGUUAGAUGUUAUUCAGAUGCCAUAACUGGCAAUACGGUUUAUAUUUUUACUCUUACCAAUUUUUAUUAUUAUUAUUUUGAGGGAAGUUUAUAUGCCCACUACUCUCAAGCAUACACGUUUUUGAGGGGUUUUGUGUUUGUUAAUGAGACUGUGAGAAAAGGAAGGAGGGGGUCAAAUCACAGGAGUUCAGUUUCCUUUGAGUACAGUUGUUGGAGGGUUUUUAUUUACCUAAUGAAGAAGUCAAUAACCUAAACUACCUAUAAAAGUUUAGCAGUGCUGCAGUGUUGAUUGAAGCCCUUUACUUGUCUAGUAGUCCUGAGGCUACUAAACCUUGCAAUACUGUAUGAUACUCGGCUCAUUGGAGCCCUCUGUGUAGACACAUUCUUAUUCAUAAGAAGCAUUGCAUACUGGCUUGCCUUUAGAAUGCUGUUUUCAGACAUGAACAACUACUGCUUCCAGAGUAGCCAGGUAGGGUUAGUUUGAAGCAGGAAAUAGUCAUUAGUAAUUACACCUGUGCAUCGCAUAUUCUUGGUGGCUACGUAGCAGAUACUUUUCCCUGUGAGAAUUCUGAAAGCUGGUCCACACAACACUGCACACCGAAUUGUGCUCGUAUAUUACUGCAUCAUGCUCCUUUUUAGCCAAAUAGCAUGUCUUAGUUUUAUUAUAGUGGCUUGCUUUAAGGAUGCCACUUGCUUGUCUUUCAUUGUUCUUGAGUUCUUAAUCAUGAUUUUAAUAUUGUAUUGAACAAAUCAUUUUCAUCGACUUCCAUGAAAUUGUCAUUCCUUUGAAAGGGCAAGGAGUCCCACUUUCAGAGUUUUAAAAUAGCAUGCUUAUUCAAAGAGGGGACGUAGUUCAGACUUGGUAUUACAAAAGUAACGAAAGAGUGUAGAAGGUGAUUUGCAUAUAUGGUGAUGGCCUCUUACUUAAACAAACUAAUGCUAAUCAACAGUGCUAAGUAAAAUUUUACACAAGAUACUAAAGUGUGGUAAUGUGUGCCUUUCAGUAUUUGUACUACUUCUUGGGGGUCAUCUGGAUAAUCAGACCAUUGAAUGCCUGAGACCACAUUUAAAUUCUGUAUGCCUCAUUUGACUAAACCAAACUAAACCAGUCUUUAAUGUGCAAUUAGUUUCUAGAGUAAAAUGUUAUAUGAGGGGGAUCUUUAUAUUGUACUUUUAUAUUUUCUAAAUGUUCACAUUUCUUUCUGUUAAUUAAAAACCAUCAUAAUAC